AUGAAGGGCUGGCUUUGGGCCUCUGCCUUGGGCUUGUCCCUAUGGACGGCCAACGCCCUUGAGGUCAAGAUGGAUCAAACCGAUGAGAACAGACAGAGAUGCUCUGGCAUGUACAGCCGCACUGCUUGGGGCGGCCCCGUCGACCCCUACAUCAACGUUAUGUUUCUCCCAAAGCAAGCUCCGGCAGAUCAAGACCCUACUGUCAGCUUGGUCAUCUUCGAAUGGAAGGACGAGGACCUGAUCGGGGUUCGCGAAAGUCAGGACUCGGAGCAUAAAAUCGGCAUCUGCCAGGAGCAGUUUGUUAAGAAGGGUUUCUGUAACGAGACCGAUGUCGGCAAAUUCAUCAUCGAUCCGGAAGCCACCACGAAAUCGAAGAACAUGAUCGAUACGAAGGCGAUUCAUCUGAAGGAGCCGCAGGCCACCAAAUACAUGAUUCGCAAGACCGGCUACUACUGCGUUCUCACCGACCGUUUCACUGCGGAUGAGUAUACUGCCGUUGUCGAAUUUCGCAAUGCGUACGGCGAGCUGCCUGCCACGCAAAUCCCGAAAUUGCCUUUCUAUGGCGGAAUAACGAUUCUCUACGCCUUGGUUGCUGUAUUCUGGGGUUUCCUAUACUACCAGCAUCGCCAAGACAUCCUUCCAGUCCAAAACUACAUCACAGCAAUUGUGAUUUUCUUGGUUGUCGAAAUGCUCAUGACCUGGGGCUUCUACGACUACCUGAACCGCAACGGCGCCAAUAUUGGGUCUAAGGUGCUCCUUGUCAUUGUCGCCAUCCUCAACGCUGCCCGCAACUCGUUCUCUUUCUUCCUGCUUCUGAUCGUGUGCAUGGGCUACGGAGUUGUCAAGCCGACGUUGGGCAGGACGAUGGUUUACGUGCGCUGGCUUGCGAUUGCCCACUUUGUCUUCGGACUUGUGUACGCAAUUACUAGUUUGCUGAUCACCCCUGACGCAGCUGGACCCUUCGUCCUCCUGAUCGUUCUUCCGCUUGCUGGCACACUUACUGCUUUCUACGUGUGGACGUUGAACUCCCUCAACUUCACCCUCAAGGACCUGCGUGAGCGCAAGCAGCAUGCUAAGGAAGCUAUGUACAAGAAACUGUGGUGGUGCAUCCUAAUCAGCAUUUUCGUCAUCUUCGGUUUCUUCUUCUUCAACAGCUUCAGUUUUGCUUCUGUCAACGACCCUGAUUACGUCCCCUUCCAUUGGAAGUCCCGCUGGUUCGUUCUCGAUGGCUGGCUCAACCUUGUCUACUUCGCAGAUGUUGCCUGGAUCGCCUACGUCUGGAGACCGACAGCCAAUAACAGGCGCUUCGCUAUGAGUGAUGAGAUCGCUCAGGACGAUGAUGGAACCUUCACAAUGGCGGACAUUGGCGCGCCUGACGACUCGGACGAUGACGAGGAAGCCCAAAUCGGCAAAGAGAGCAACCCGCGAUCAGCUGCCACUGCUUCAUCGGGUGCACAAGCGAGCAAUAUGCCCCAGACGCAGCCGCAAAGACACAUUCCACGAGAUUCUCUGGACGGAGAGACCAUCUUCGCGGUGGGCGAAGAUGGCGAUAGAUUCUCAGACGACUCUGACGAGGAAGACGCCAAACUUGUGGGUCCGAGGAAAUAG